UGCAAGAUAUGGAACCAUAUCGGAUUUCUUGGACAAGGAAAUCGUGUUUACAUUGCGAAACACUAAAAGAAUGGCUGUCGUAAAAAUACCAGAUCUUGGUGGGGCCACAAUUGAUGGAAUUGACGUUGGGGGAUUUAUAUCCGCAAAAUUUUUGAAGUCUCCGGCUGAAACCAAACAACUUUUUGACAAUGCGUCUGAUUUCAAAUUUCGAGACGAUGAUAUUAUGCUUUGUGCAUACCCGAAAACAGGUACUCAUCUUAUAUUUGAUAUUUUAAUGAGUGUAUUGACUAAAUCAGCAAAACCUGACGCGCCUCAUAAGCUGAUGACAAUGUUGGAGUGCGAAUCUCCCGAGGACAUUGAUAAACUACCGUCACCAAGAGUAAUAAACAGCCACUUUCCAUAUCGAUAUCUACCAGUAAAGGAUAUGAGAGCUGAGCAGAUUAAGACAGUCUUAUGUUGUCGAAAUCCCAAAGACACCGCAGUAUCCUACUACAAUCACAUGCACGGUAUUAAACACUACAGCUACGAUGGCAAAUGGGAGGACUGGCUGCCGGUCUACAUACAAGGGAAAAUGGAGUACGGAAAGUACACAGACUACUUAACGGAAUGGGAAAAUGCAAUAAAGGAAGGCAUAGGAUUUCCUCUCCAUGUUGUGUAUUACGAAAAUAUAAAACUCAAUGGUCAUGACGAAAUAGAUAAGCUGGCAAAGUUUCUCGGUGUGGAAUUAGAUGGUGCUUUAAAACAGGAUAUUAUGAAAGCGUGCAGUUUUGAAAGCAUGGCCUCAAAAGAGAUACCUGAAGAUAUAGCCAGCAACUUUUUCAAAACUCACUUCAGAAUAUUUAGAAAGGGUGAGAUAGGAGAUUGGAAGAAUUGGUUUACAGACGAACAGAAUACAUUGUUUGAGGAAGUGUGGAAACAGGAAAUGAAGCACUCAACCAUAUUUGAAUUUAUAUAUACUGACCCACGGGUUUGACUUACAUUAAAGUACAUUUUCACGUGGUAGUGUUGUAUCCUGAGCGAAACGUCGACCUCAUUAGACCAUGUCUGUGUGAAAGACCUUCUGCUCAUUUAUACUAACAAUACUUAUUGGAAGGUACUACUUUCAGGCGUGUGUUUGUUUUUAUCAAGUGAUUUUGAAAUAGCAAACUUGUUUGACGUAGUGAUUUUGUACAUUGCAUGUGCAAGACCGAACGCUUCGCUUACAACUUCCUAUUCAGUUUUCAGUUUUUUUCAAAUUGCUUUUAUUAAUUUAUGCCUUAUGGGUGAUUAAAAACAAAUGAAAAAAGUAACAGAAAGGUGAAAUUCAAGUACAAUCCAGGUCCUUUAUAUUCAUUGUAACAAAAUGUUAUGACAUUCUGGUUUACUAAAAUAUAAGCGGUGAUCAAGAAUUAGUUCUUGAACAAAUUCUGUGUCUUUCAAAAUGCACGUACUUAUUUUGUUAACAAAAGUUUUACCUAAAACAUUUGAAUAGAUAUAGAUAUUAUAGUGUAUAACAUUUGAAACUUGUCAAAUAGAUCUACUUUUUCAAACAAAAUAUAGGAAAAAUAUGUCUACACGUGAUAUGUGUAAUAUUUGUUUAAAAUGAGCAAUAAUAUAUUUAAUAUUUAUUAGACACGUGAUAAAGCUAUGAUGUUAUUUGUGACAAAUGCAAGGCGUUUCACUUGCAACGAUAUUUCGAAUUUCACUGAAGUACGUCUAACUUGACCAUGUAAAUUAUUAUAUGGACCUUUUGAAAUUGCUUAGAACAACUGAAUUAUACGAACAAGAAAUGAACUUUAAAAAUCGAAACAUACAGGAAUGUAACUAAAUCAAAUACAGGAUUUCCGGCAGAUUUUUCGAAGAAUAUAAGGAGUUUGUAAAAGGGCCUCUGCACAGCAUAUGUAUUUGUUACUCAACUGCUAACUUUAACAGAACUUUUGUAAUCUAAAGCAUCCCAUAUCAUUACAUUUUGUACGUUUACAACCUUUUCCUAUUCCUACCAAUUCCAGACUGUUUACGUCACGUUGUGAAUGCCACUAACACCAUAGGAAAUUUAAUUGGGCGAAAAGUCUCGGAAAUUGUCAGGAAAAAAAUGAAGUUACCAUACUGUUUAUGAAGAUACAUGUAUAUGCUUGUUUGUAUUUUUGAAAAUAUGGUAUGGCAUUUUACUAUUUAUUCAGCUGUAUAUAUUAUAACUGUUGUUUACCUUAAAGUUUAAUAAAUUAAUCAGUAAAAGUAGCAAAUAUUUUGUAAAACAGCAAAAACUCAAAAAGUUAACAUGGUUAACAAGCCUUAGAAAAUUUAAGUUAAAAAUUGGAAAAAAAAACAACACAAAAAAACACGUUUUAUACUUUCGGAAUGCCACCUUUUUUGGAGGUAAGGUGAUUUUGGGCAAAAACUCUGCACUUCUAAUUUCAUCAUGGUCACCUAUAGCAAACAGCAACAUCUAAUCGGUGUUUCUUUUUCUACGAAAAAAAUCCCUUCCCAACCAUUUAGCUACGUGUAGUCGAUCUUCUCUUUAACGUUUGCUUGUCAAUGAAAUAAAGGUCUAAGUUUCUUGUUAGAUCUUUCACUCUGUUUUGUUCGACAGGGUUGUUAUUUGAGUUUGUUUUCUAUUUUCUCUGAAUGGUUUCUGAGCUUUUGCAUUCUUUUGUUCUUUAUAAUUAACCUUAUUGCUAUAAGGUCACUGGCUUCACUGGUCAUUCAAUGCUGUUGGAUCGAAAUAUCGCUUAAGAUGUGGAAUUCUUUCAUGAGCUGCCUAACGGAAAGUUGAUGUUUCUACCCAGGUGAUAGUUUGUGCCUGAAGUAAUACCAAAAAGGCACGUGGGAUCUUUUUACAAUAUCAAAAAUUGUUAAGUCGCCAUAUGACUUAUAACUGUGUUUGUGGUGUUAACUCAACCACACAAACCAAUUUAAUAUAUCAUUGAAUUGCUAAUCUUCCUUUUCGACUUUAUUUAUAUCUAUAGCAUGUAUGGUUUGUUUUCUUGCCUUUGUUUUCCACUUUUUAUAUUUUAUCUAUCCUUUCAACUUUUAUGGUUUUCCUUCUUUUGUUUCUCUACCAUCUGGCUCUUUCAUUUAAAGACUUUAUUUCGUAGUUUAAAGAGUUAAACAUUUAAAUAGAAUAUGCAUCUGAUAUGUUCAUCUUGUUGAUAUGUGUUGCAAGAUGAAGACUUUUGAUAGAUCAUUAGCUAUUCUAUUCGAAGUAUAUGUAUAUCUAUUCUACUCAACCCUGUUUUGGCAUCGGGGUCCGCGUCGACUUCCGUUCCUAUUCCUAUGGUUAAAGUUUUGUUGGACUUUCUCUUAAUCUCUGUAAGUAUGUGAUGGGUUUGCUUCAAUUUCAAAAUAAUUGUUUUUCGUCAUAGGCUACAUUUUAAGGCACAAGGACAAGAAUUCUCGCACAAACAUUUCAUGAUUCAUUCCCCUUUUUGCUUGAAAUUUUCAGGUUUAAAUUUUUUUAGCUUGUUUACUCUGUACUUAGUCUCUGUUAUAACGAAAGUAUUUGAUUCAGACAUAAUAAUGUUGUUCCACAUCAUCAACCAUAAUAUAUGACACAGCUGUGACUCCAGUAUCUGAUAAAUUACACUGACUUUUUUAUUCAAAGUUGUUGGUUAAUUUUGAUACAUUUUUACCGUAUCUCCGUUAUUACUAAAAGAAUUUGAUUCAAAAUUAAAUGUUAGAAAUGUAGAAUGUUUAUCAAAUAUUUGACAUUAUGGCCAAAUCGUUACCCAUGAAGCUCCAGUAUGCUUCAAACAUUCUGAUAAUGGGGCCAAACUGUCUCGAGUGUAAAGAAUUAAGUUGUUGACGAUGGUCGACGUACGCGGAUACAGGACCAUCAAAAUACCUCAGUGAGCUAAUGAGCAAAGAAAAAUAUGAACAAUUUGACAAAUGUAAGAAAAUAUCUGUUAAAUAUUAAAAAACGACUUAGAGAAACUACUUUUUUAUCACUGGUACAUCUCUACUAUGAUGAACUAACUAAGAACUUCACUAUAAUAACAUUGAACCAAAGAAUUUUACUACAAAGAUGAUACAGGCUAUUGCUAGAUACAAAAUAAAACAACUUGAGUGAAGUGAUAUAAAAGACUACUUUAAAAUAUGGCAUAAUAUAAGGAGCCCGGAAUCAGUUAACUUUAAAUUGUGAUGGACAAUACUAUUGUGAGACAUGAAGUUAGGGAAAUGUACUGUUACAGUAGAAAUACUACUGAAUAGUUUAAAACAACUAAGUUUAAACUCAGUUUGUUUGUUUCGGGUUUAACGCCGUUUUCCAACAGAAUUUCAGUCAUGUAACGGCGGGCAGAUAACCUAACAAGUGUUCCUGGAUUCUGUACCAGUAAAUAUCUGUUCUCUGUAAGUAACUGCCAAAUUCCCCGCAUGAAACCGAGGUGGAGGACUAACGAUUUCAUAUAAAAUGUCGUUUAUCAAAUAGUCACGGAGAACAUACGCCCUGCCCGAGGACAGUGUACUUAAUUAUGCGACGCACAAUUCGAAAUUGCAUUGCAUUUUCCGCUUGUUCUUUUAAUAAACAUUACACCCGUUCCAUAAGUCCUUUUGAAACAAAAUCCCACUUUUAAGGUUGUAUGAAAUAUGUUAUAGACAUACUUCUGAUGCAAAGUUCUUAUGCACAUACAGUGAAAAUUCGUGAAGUUAGGAGAAAAGAAAAAGGAAAGAAAUUUUGUCGAAACUAUUAAAAGUCUUAGUACAGGCGAUGGGUACUCGUCAACGCAUAGACGAAUGGGCAGAGCAUGAAGAUAUACCUUCAUAUAGUGCAUUUUAUUUGACCUGGCGGGGCGUGGUUUCGCGACGGUCCACUACAUUUUUGUGCAGGGUAUGUAGUACAUGUAAACAAUGUAGCGUUGAAUUUUAGUCGUUGGUUACCAAAGAUUACGGAAUGAAACAAUUAUAUUGCUCUACCUAUUUCGCUCGUUUUUUGAGAUAACCAUUAUUUGCAUAUGUCAUAGAUUCCGCCCCGCCAGGUCAAAUAAAACGGACUAUAAAUGAACUUAAAUACAACAUUUGUUUUUCAUAUUAGUGUAUAUGUUGCAUAAAUACUUGUACAUCGUUUGAUAUUGAAGCAAUAUAUAUGACAUGAUAAACAGUCAUAAUCGUCCAAACGUUUGACUACAUCUGAUUUUACAUUGACAAAGAACAAACAUGGCGUUUACUUACAUACAUUUGUAAUUUUAUUCGAUAUUUAGGACUGUAUUUAUACUGUAAACAAGCCUGUUUCUUGUCAUGCUCACGGUAAACAGCUGCUCAAUUUUUAAACAUGGCUUUGCAGAAAGCAGAAUACAGUAUAUGUUAUGCAUUAAUGCUUGGUCUAGUAAGCUUUAAUGUAACUGAACACAACACAAAUCAAAUCUAGAAAUGUAGAUAGCAAAAGUCGGUUGACCGUAAACAUAUUUUCACUGUUCUUUAAAAGCCUUAUCAUUGUAUUGCAAUUUGAUUUCUAUAGCUGUGUAUUAUAAUGAAUGAUUUAUCAGGCAUUAAUUACGGCGAAACACUACUGGUUUUCUUUCAGUUAACUUCGAAAGUAUUAAUAAUUUAAAAGUUUAAUGUGAAUUAUUAGUAAUAGCUUUGUAUAAAACAACAGACAGCAUAAUUAUAUGUACAGUUUGGCUUGAACACCUCCCUUCAAAGACAAAUUAUUUGCCAUUAAGGUGGAAUAGCACUUUGUAAUAUUUUUACAACCUGCAUAUGAUUUUGAUAUCAUACUAAAGUAGAAGUCAUCCCCGGCAUGAAGGUGUAACUGUUUUCUUGGUCAUUAAUGAAACUUUUUAGCUAUGACGUCGCAAACAUUACCAUGCACGUCUGUUUUGGCGCCAUGAUAAAAAGCUAUAAAAACCGGUUUAUUUUCUAUCAUUUCUUUAUAUUUCAAUUUACGGCAAUGAAACAUACAUCUUUAUGUGUAUUAUACAAAGGUAUACGACGCUAGACAGUAUUUGUCACUUUAAUUUUCAAAAUUAUGGAAAACAAAACGGAGAAAAGCGACAUUCUCAGUUGUUUAGAUUUUUUGUAAAGAUGGCACACUUAUCUAAUCAACGGAAAAGCGGCUCAACAUUUUUUUGCCAAGUUUUUAUAUUUUUAAGAUAAACUUAUGUUUGAUAUAAUAUUGAAAAAUUAAGUACUUUUACCAUCCAGUUAUUUUUUAAUUCAUGGUUUAUUAAACAUCCGUCAGUAAAAUAUGACGUCAAAAUAUAAGGCAUGAAACUCUAUCUAAUUAAUGUUGCGUCAAUAGAUUAAUAUGGAUGAACGGACACAAUACGUUUUCACUCACGAUUCGUCUGUAUGUGCAUAUGACAGAAAUAUGAAUGUAUCAGUCAAGCUUUAGAUAUUUUUGCAUUAUGUAUUGUUCUUUAUAUAAUUACUUUAUUGUAAAUGUUUAUAUGCGUGUUUAACAUAUUAUGUACUCUUCCUGUGUGGAGUUAAUAAAAGAACUCUAUUCUA